AUGCUCAAAUUGGGACUCAGGCCUAUAGAAUUGCUCAGGACCCGUUUUUAUGCGACCUCAAACGCUUCGUUGUCGGCCAAAAUAGGUAGUUUGUUGGCCAAGUCAUCGCCCGAACAAAUAUAUAUCUACAAGCCAUCACGGCUCGUAAAAACGGGAUCGUGGACCUUGGCCGGUGUUUUUGCAGUGUAUGGCAUCUCUUUUGGAAAUUGGUCGGUUUCGAGCUCCUGGGAACUAUAUAAGGAAGAGAAACUGUCGUCCUGGGAAAAUUGGUGGAAUCAUCCAUCUUUACUUUUGAGUGUGCGGAUCGCAGGAUCGGUUCUGCUCUCAAUCAUCCCGCUAGCGUUGUCCGCUUUGUCGAUUUAUGUGCCGUCCAGAAUUGUCACAAACAUUUCAUAUCUUCCAAAGGGUAGAUGCCAAAUAACUCGUCGAGCGCUACUGUCUGGAAAGCCUACUUCAAAAAGUGCUCCCAUUAGCGCAAUUGUUCGCAACAGCAGAACAAGAGUCUACACAGGCGUAGGCCCUCAGGGUACAGAGGACAAGGCGUCUUUUGCCUUCCUGCUCACACAUAACAACAAUCCUUGGUGGGAUCGGUUUUAUGUGGUGAAUCGGUCGGGCAAGUUUUGGGGCCAAGACGGUCGCAUUUUCGAUGUCCUUUUCGGUGGUGAGAGCAUAAAAAGCCUUGAACGUAAAAUCGACUCUGUUACAACAACAUCCGUGGCAGACAAAAAUCCAGGCCAUCUAGACAAACUGCUAGAACAGCAAUCUCGCUCAAAACUCCGCAACCCGACGGUCAACGCCAGAAAAAUCGUAAUGAAAAAACAAAAGGGCAAUUGA